CUCUCUCUCUGUGAGUGUGUGCCGCCGUAGCUGCCGCCGCCGCCGAAUUAUGUGUUCGCGCUAUGGUUGUGGGCCGGCCCGUCUAACCCCGGCCAUGUAACGCGAUGCUCCGGUACCGCCAUGUGUCUCUACCACCUCUCCCUCAGUGACCCUCGCCCUCAGAGUGUGAUCGACUGUCUGCUGAUCGCGGCAGCAAUGGCCUCCGACCUGCCGGACCUGUCCCACCUCACACCCGAGGAGCGCCAGAUUAUUGAGUCCGUCAUGAUGCGACAGAAGCAGGAGGAGGAGCGUGAGCUGGAGAUCAUGAGGCGGAAGCAGGACGAAGUGGAAGUCCUGGAAGAGACGAUACGCCAGCGUUCAGAACAACAGAAGAAGGCUGGGGUCGAACUGGACGCAACGUGUCACAUCUGCCUCAAGACCAAGUUCGCGGAUGGCGUCGGUCACAUGUGCAACUACUGCAACAUCCGCUGCUGCGCGCGCUGUGGAGGAAAGGUCACACUGCGCUCCAACAAGGUAAUCUGGGUGUGCAUCCUCUGCAGAAAGAAGCAAGAGCUGCUGAGCAAGACGGGUCAAUGGAUUAACAAGGGGAUGGCGGCGGGGGACCCGAUCAUGCGGCGGAUAGAGGCGGACCUCCAGCAGCAGCAAUCGGACAAGAGGCCCAAGCUGGAGCGAGCGCACUCUGCCGCCGAGAAGGAGAAUCAGCCGCUGGUGCAGCGGUCGGGGUCGGUGCUGCGGCGGCAGUACAGUCAGCAGGAUCCGACUCGCGAGGAAGAGGCGCGAUACUACCGCGGGGAGCUGGAGGGCCUCAUGCGCACUCACCAGUACGGCGGCCCUCGCAACGACUCUCUCAGCUCCGAACAGUCGUCCUCUAUGGACUGUGCUCCCGCGAACCGUGGCGGUGUUACGACAGUGCUCGUGCCGGGCUCCAAGAAACACAAGCGAAGUGGUUCCGCGAAAAAACAAUCGGGUGCGGGAGGCACGGGCGGCCAGCGGUACCAUCAACCACAGCAGCCGCAACGUUCCUUCUCCAGCUCAGAGGACGAGCUGCGGUCCACCCCGGACUGUACCAGCUGCGAGGAACACGACAGCGAGAAAGUCCUCAACGGGUGGCACCAUCACGACGCUCCACGGGAGGUCAAAGUCACCCUGAUCGACACUCGUCGCCGCAAGAAGACUGUCCGGUUCGACGGUCCUCAGACCAAGGACUCGGGCAUCGACACUUCCAGCACAUUCACGUCCAGUGAGGAUUCGAACAGCGCUCCCAAGCACCCCCUGUCGUGGCAGAUGUCCAAAGACGGGACACGGAUGACGGGCCACAUGAUCCUGAAGAAGACUGUGAAGGAAGGUGUCGGCGCGUCGUCCUGCACCACUAUCCUGGGGCUGAAGGUGGUGGGGGGUCACAUGUUAUCGACAGGGGGGCGGGGGGCCAUCAUUGAGAAGGUGAAGAAGGGCAGUACAGCGGAUAUUGAGGGGCAGCUCCGACCAGGAGACGAAGUGGUUGAGUGGAAUGGCCGGUCACUACAAGGCAAGAGCUAUCAGGAAGUCUAUGACAUCAUUGCUGAAUCCAAGCAAGAGCCCCAAGUAGAACUGAUUGUAACUCGAGCGCUACCAAACCGAAGAGGUUCGAGUUACCGGGGACGUUAUCCCACCUCCCCAACCUCGACCCACAAAGAUGUGUACGAGGGGAGGAAGGACAAGCCGAGUGUGCUGGUUACAUCGCCUGGCUCACCCGAGCUACAUGCAAGUUCCCGCUCCCAUCGACUGCCUGCUCUCACAAACAGUAGUGUUGGCGGCCGUUUACAGGUGAAACUGUGGUUCGACUCUGGGGCCUUACAGCUGGUAGUGACGUUGGUGUGUGCAGCUGGAUUGAUGCCUCGCAGUAACGGACAACCACGCAAUCCCUAUGCCAAGCUCUUCCUACUACCAGAUAGAAGUGAAAAGUCAAAAAGAAGAACAAAAACAUUAGCAAAUACAAAUGACCCAAAAUGGAAUCAGAGUUUUGUGUACUCAUCUGUCCGAAGAGCUGACCUAAAGCUGAGGAUAGUGGAGAUCACAGUGUGGGACUAUGUGCACUACGGGACCAACCACUUCCUUGGCGAGGUGAUGAUAGAACUGAGUGUGGCACUGCUUGACAACGAAUCCGAGUGGUUUCACCUCAGUCCUCACGAGCAAGUAUUAAUACCUCACGCGGUGGAGGAUGUAGAUAUUGCGUUAACGCCCACAGACCACCUAUCACCGCCUAGCACCACAUCACGCCUUUCGGACUCUGAUCCAUCAGACCUGGACGAUGCGCGGGAAAGGAGGGUAGCAGACGGAGCAUCUGUCAGCAGCCUCGGAAGCUCUGCAAGCCCUCCUCCUGAUGUAGACAUGUCUGAGAAACAUCGAUCGCGUCGAGACAUGUCACCUCAGGGUAGCCGCAAGCGCCCCACGGUUGUACAAGUCAAAACUCAUACGCUUCCUUAUGAAUCACAAAGACGGGGUGGAAGUAAUCAGAGAUCACAUUCUGCUGCUCCCAUGGAAGGUCGGUCACGCUCCAAAAGUCCCCAUCGCAGCCUUUCCCCACCCGAAUACAGAAUCUACCAGCCGAGUGUUGUGCUUCCAUCCCAUGCGUAUGUGCCUCGCUUUUCCUCCAGGUCCGCUACCGCUACCCCCAUCACAUCGCCCAAGAAACGUCAACUGCCGCAGAUUCCACACUCUGCACACUCUACGAUUCUUCGGGAGGCUCUUCGGGAACGAGUUACACAGGACAUGGAAGAGAGAGCUCACCUGAUGAAGCAGAGAAUGAGACAGAUGCAGACACAACGCUCAGGAUACGCAGGAAGCAUGUCAAGACACUUCACCGGUCUGUCGGACAGUGAUCUUCCCUCGUCAGACAUGGGCAGACAUCGCCACAGCUAUGGCCGUGCCAUGUCUCCAGAUAAGGAUAUCAUUGGAACUACAGAUCUGGGUGAUAGUGACCUAGAGAGUGUUGUCAGCAUCACUAGCAGUGCCUUCUCCACACAGAGUGAACGCCCGCGUGGCUCACGUGGUUUUAGUGCUAAAAUGCGAGAUUCCUUUACUGGUAGUUCCAGUAUUUGUAGUUUGUGUAAAGUAAAGAGUUCUGUAAGCAACCCACUGUUCCGUAGACAAAAUUCACUUCCUAACCGUAUGUCACACCCUAUUCACGUAAAACUGAUCUGUGACAAGCAUGCCUUGCAUGAGGCACCAUUGCGAGAUGUCUUGCUUUCAGACAGUGAUGUUUCUAAAAGAUUUCAAGACGAUGAUGACGCUUUCCAUGAAAAAUAUUUGGGAAAUUGUCGUAUUGUUUCCAAUAACUGGGAUGAUACUACAGUUAGAGAUUUCAACUUUGAUUCGGAUUGUUCUGGAUCGAUUGCUAUUUGCCCUUCAUUAAAUGAUUUAAACUCGAGUUCUGAAGAUCUAUUGAAUAAUAAGCCAGAAACCUUGUUAAAGAAAACUAGAUUCAAAAUUGAUGAUUGGAGAAGAGAUUCUGAUCAAACUGAUGAUCAUUAUGAGAUUUUUAGCACUAAUAAAAUUGAGGAUAAUAGUUCUAAUUAUCAUACAAAUUAUUCAGGUGAACAAACAACAAACAAAUUGGAUGAACAUAAUGAAGAAAAUACAGCUAAAGAUGAAAGUGUUGAUGUUGCCCCUCCACCUGACAAUCCAAGUAAGAGCCUUUGUAACACUCCUGACACUCCCACCAAUAAACGUGUAUUUUUGAGAUGCAAGUCACAAGUUGAAGUUGAGCCCUCUGUCACCCCUCCCUCUGCUUUGCCCCCUAGCGACUACGGGGAGAGAACACACUCCACAGUGCAACCACCUCCCCAGAACAACAAACGACCUCCCUUCUCCAGAAGUCUUUCCAAUGCAGACGUCCAGCCUGAUGAAAGAGGAGAUGGAAGUCUGAGUGACACUGCAGUGAGCCAUCACCACCAUAUCAACGGAUCUCGGCGCAAGGUAACAGUUGGUAGCAGUGCAGGGACCACAGGAGGAAAGCAAUCCCAUGGCCAAGGAAUGGGCAAAAAGAGCAACUCUACCAGCCAACUGUCUGCCACAGGGCGAAAACGUAGGUUAGGUUUUGGGACGAAAGGGAAAUCGUCAUUCACAGUCCAUCGAUCGGAAGAAGUGCUACCAGACGAGGUGCGACAUUUGGUCAAACAGGGGUCGUCAGUAUCGAGCGAUGGCGAGGGAUCUCAAGAUGGCGACAGCUGGGCGCCUUCGUUAAAAGGCUCAGAUGGAGGACCUCUGUCAGACUUCAUAGAAGGUCUGGGACCAGGUCAGCUGGUGGGUAGGCAGGUGCUUGGCGCUCCCUCAUUGGGAGACAUCCAGCUCAGCAUGUGCUACCAGAAGGGCUAUCUGGAGGUGGAGGUGAUCAGAGCUAGAGGGCUACAAGCUAAACAAGGCUCCAAGAUGCUACCAGCGCCUUACGUGAAAGUGUACCUAGUGAGUGGAAAGAAGUGUUUAGCUAAAGCGAAAACAGCAACGGCAAGAAGAACACUUGACCCUCUCUACCAACAACAGUUAACCUUCAGAGAACCCUUUCAGGGCUGCAUUCUGCAGGUGACAGUGUGGGGUGACUACGGUCGUAUCGAAGGCAAGAAAGUGUUCAUGGGAGUCGCCCAAAUCAUGCUUGAUGAUCUCAACUUAUCCAACAUUGUGAUCGGCUGGUACAAAUUGUUCGGGACCACCUCAUUGUUGUAGACUCUCGACCAGGGCUUCUUCGGCUGACCUAGUGAGUGUAUCGCUUACGUGGACUCCCCAAAAGACCUUUUCAUGAAGAACGUUGUUAGUGUGGUGCUAUAAGUGCGUUUGUUGGUUUGUCGCGGUCAAUGCUCAUUUUUUUAUAUUUGAAAAGUAUUUUAUUUAAAUUUCUAAUAUAAUUUAUCUUUAGGUAAAAAUAUAAAUAUAUAUAUAUGCAAAAGUAAAUAUAUAUAUAAUUAUAAUAAAAAUGGGUGUUAGCAGCACACGGUGUCAUGUCAUGUUGUUACAGAUAGGUUCUAUUGCAUUGUUAAGAAGGAAUGUUUAUUUACUCCCUUAUCGGAGAGCUUGUUGUACUGUUGAUAAUUUGCAUAAUUUGUUGUGCUUUCAGUUUUCAAACUCUGCCACACCACAGCUUAGUCAUUUUCAAUAAAUUUUAUUGCUUUGUCUCAAAAAGAAACUGCCAAAGUGCAAAUACUUUUCAGUGCUGCUGGAAUUUUAAUACUGAUCUUCAAGUAGAAAGCAUUGUAAAAAAAGAACAUGUAGAUUUAGAUUUAGCUUUUAAGUAUAAUAAAGAAUACAAUUUUGUAAGGAGAAAUUUUUAUACGCUAUUUAUUUGCAUUAGGAAAUUGUACAAAUUUACAUAGAUUUGCUAUGCUUGUAUAUAAAUAUUUCAAUCUUUAUAAAAUUAUAUCACUUGUUUAACUUGUCCUACAAAGAUGUUAACAUUUAUUGAUUUAAAUUUAAAAUGCCAAGUUUGUAAAAUUAAAUAUUUUUAGAUAGUUGGGCAAAAUAUAAAAUAUGAUUUUCUAGUAACGAGCCAGAUGAACUUAAAGAAAAUUAGUUACCUUUUGUUAUUUAUUUCAAAUGAUAACCUUUUACUAUCACCUGAUUUUUUGUAUACAUAUUUUUAGAUAGUAAAAUCAAAUUCACUAUUAUUUGUAUUAUUUUUACUUCUUAACUUAUCCUAAAAUUGAAGCUAGUAUCCAACCUUGACAGACGUAAUGUAUUAUAUUUCAAUUUUGUUUAGUGUAAAGAAUAAAAACACACUUUUCUUUAUUUAAGAUGAUGAUUAUUAAGCAAUAAUGGCAAUAUAAAGAAGUUAAAUUAUAUUUAUUCUGAAUUACUUAUUAAUUGCAAUAAUUACAUGAAAUUAAUAUACUGUAUAAGUUACAAUAACAGUAUUUAAAUAUAUAAAUAACUUCAGAGUUAUUAUUAUAUUUAAGUGAUUACUGUGUGUAUAUGCCACUGGUUAUUUCAUAUAUUUAUUUUUGACAUGGAAAUAAUUCUCAAUAAUUGCAAAUUCAAAAUUUUGUAAAUUACUAAAGUUGGUAUUUUAGUAAGAAUAGUAACAGAACAAAUACAUUUCCCUACUUAGAAAAAUGUUGGUUCAUUAAAACCUGAAAUUCAACACAGCUGCACAAUACCAACUCGACACUAUCAAGACCCGGGAAAAGAGCGUGCUUACACUUAAAAGAAAAAGUGAAAACAUGAUAUGACGUACUGCCCAAAAUUUUAUCUUGAUUUUAAUUUUGAAUAAUUUUAAAGCUGUCUAAUUAUUAUUAUUAUUACUUACAUAAUCAGAUUUCUAUCAUUCAACUUUUCGUGUCUAUUUGAACCUUAUGUUAUAUUAUAAUAAACACUUCUAUUAAACAUGUGAAAAUAACACAAACUACAAAUCUGCAUAAGGUCUUACAACAAAAAGUACACUGGAAAUCACUCGAAGUUUAGUCAUGGUCACCACCUUUAGAUAAAACUAUCUAUCACAGAAUACUACCCCAACCAAGACAAAAACUUGGAAAUUAUCUAAAAAACGUUUUACUUUAACAUUUCCUUAGAUCUUCAGCUAAUUUUCUUCUCUCAUUGUCCUCUACACAGGAGCACAUUGAUGGCACGGUUUGGACCCGGUGUUGACGAGAUUCUUUGUGCAGAGAUUUGUCAUUACAUAGUUACAGAUAAUGUCAUUAUUAAUUAUGGUUGUGAGAUGUCUCAUAUUAACCUAUACAAUACAUUCAGUAUAACACUGUCUCCUACACAGGGCCAGACUGAUGGCACGGUUUUGGUCCAGUGUUGGCGAGUUUCUUUGUGCAAAGAUUGUCCUUUCAAAAGUUUAAGAUAGUGUCAUUAUUAAUUAUGAUUGUGAGAUGCCUCAUAUUAACCUAUAUAUUACAUGGGAGUAUAAAACCAUAUAGUGUAAACCUUGAGAUGAUCAAACCAGAAUGGUAGGAAUAUUUACCUGAGGAUUAAUCUGACAAAUUGUAAAGAAACACACAUGGAAUAUAUGUGAAAUUAUUUACUAUAUAUUACAAUUAUAUAAUACAAUAUACAAAAUGUUUGCUGAAACGAAUUUUGUUUGUUCUGUUGAGUACAAUCAUUGAAUGAGAAUGACUAAGUUCCACAUAAAAUACAUAGGUUGAAUGAACAACUAUCCCACCAUUAUUCAUAUAAAAAUUGAAACAAUUUCAAUUGAAGGUUAUCUGUUAUGAAUAGUAAAUGCAAAUGAAGAAAAGUAAUACUUUUACAGAAUAAUGCCCAAUAUUUCAAAUGUUUUAUUUAUCGAAAUCUCUAACUUUGAAAGUAUUUUUACUCAGAUUUAAAUCAAUAAGACUAUUAUAAAAAGCUCAUGGAAUGUAUCAUUAUUUUAAAUUGUAUAAAUUUUGCUGGUAUUUAUAAGCACCAAUUCUUUAUUAAAUAAUUUAAUUCAAUUUAUACACAGUUUAUCCUACCAGUUUACCCAUUCCAUUAGCUGAUCUUGGGUUACCAUCACCGUUUGAUUUUAUUUCGACACUCAGAUUUGAUGAAAUGUGCCUUUAAUAGUUACACUUUGCAUUGACUUUUUAUCCUCUACUCACGCUAUGUUACCUAACACUUGUGUACUUUAACAUAAUUCUCAAUAAUCAUGAGAGUUUUUUUAUAUAUAUAAGAUGAUUCAAAAUUUGAAAAAUAUAUUAUUCUAAAAAUUCUUAACGUAGUCCUUAGUAUGACAUCAUGCUACUAUUUCCAGAGCUAUACAUAUUUACAGCUACACAAUUUUAAUGCUGUAUCUCAUGUAUAAUUCAAGUAAGCAGUACGGUAGCUCCUAACAAUUCAUACAUUUUGUAAUGUGAAGACGACUUGCACACAUUGGUUCAAUCUUGUGGGAUAGUAAUUUAUGGAGUUGUGCUACAAUAAAACACGUUAUUGGUCUGUUAUUUAUAAAUACAGCAACAGGUAACUUAACAUGCUUAGUCCAGUGACACACCUAGCUACUACCACAAUGACUUUACUAGGUGCUGCGUGAAGGUACUAAAUGCUGUGAAUCAAACCUAUUUUACAAGUUUACUGUCUACGUCUUACACAACAAAAUCUAUUUAAUUCUGUAAGUUGUUGAUUUUCCAUUUAACAAGUGAAUAAUGUGUAUAUUUACCUCUUAUGAUAAGUUUUUAAUGAUUUUAAUGAAUGUAUUCAAUGAUAUUAUGAAUAAGUAAAUGCCUAUUAUUUUUUUUGUUUGGGUACGGGAAGUGAACUAGUAAAAAUUGUCUAUCCUUAUCAACAAUGUUGCGGUUAAUUAUUUUUAGCAGACUGUGAUAAAAACGCUGCAAUUAUGACCAUACUCAAUAAAAUUAACUUAAAAACAAAAUCGACCACAGUAGUAUUCACACUAAUGUUUUCCCCAUUCAUUGAGCUGUUGGAUCAGCUUAACCAGGUUUGUAAACAGCAGAAAUGUUUCUUCAACUGGUUUGCCUUUGAUAUGAAUAUUUAAAUUAUAACUAUUAUUUAUUACAUAAUUUCUAUAUUAUAUUGUUUAUAUAUGUAUGAUAAAAAUAGUAAUAAAGCACACUCCUCUACCCACUUAAACAGUAAGAAUUUGUUAAAAACGUUUUAUUAAAUUUUAAUUUUCUUCAUUUAUAUUUUUAUAAUUUGGAAAUUAGUACAAGGAUUAUUUUAAAUUUAAAUUACAGCUGGAUUCACCCUGCAUUUUCCUUCCAGUGUAAAACAGCGCUUUUACUCGUCUACGAUAGGUAUCUUAUUUGUUUGAAGCAAUUAGAUAUCUGACGUACAUCAAAACUUAAUUUUUAAUAGAAUAUAUUGUAUUCUUUACAGAGUUAUUAAUGUUAAACAUCCAUUUUAAAUAGAAAUUUGUAAUAAUAAGUUUUUUACCUGAACCAACAAAAAUACAAUAUAUUCAACUGACUCAAUCAGAUUAUACAUGAUUACGACAUACAAACUUAAUUAGGAUGUAAUAUUAGUUAACAUAACAUAUUUUUUACAUUAAGUUUUUCCAUGAUUUUCAUAUACUUCACUUUGAACAUUGUGUUUGUUAUUUCAUUAAUGUGUAAUAGCCACUUCUUUUUUAUUAAAUAUUUUAUUAAUAUUUAAAUAAUGUGAUGUAAACUACUAACACAAUGCAAUAGAUUUACUUUUAAGAACCAAUCAUGAAUUAAAUUCUGUUGAUAAUCAAUAUCUUAAUAAUACUCCUUUUUAUAUCUCUUUGUUGAGGUAAAACAGAAUUGCUUCAUAAUUGAACUAUUAUUAAUUAAUUAGAUUGAUUAAGGAAACAGUCCAUUAUACCUGACAAGAAUCAUACAUUAUACUCAUCACACUCCUGUCUUUCAUCUCCAUCUUAAGAAUAUCUUUGUCUGUAGCAUAGUUAAAAGUUCAUAAUAUGUAAAUUGCUAUUGUACAAAUUAUAAGCAAAUCUGUCAGAGGUCAUAUGUAUCAUGUCAUAAUGCAUUCAGUUGAAAAUACAACACGUAACUUACACUUUAUUUUGCAACUUUUAACUUGUACACAUUUUAUAAUAAUGUGACUAUUGCAUUAACUACACUUACACGAAUUACAAUAUAUACAAUUAAUUUGAUAAUUUUAAUAGUAAUAUUAUAUAUUAUUACAUCAUAAACAUUAAGUAAAAUGUGAUACUGAAAGUGCAAAAUCUAGUACAUAUUUUUAUUUUUCAUCAUAGUACACACUAUAAAAAUAUAACAGGAAUUAUGUUCCAUUUUCAUUGUUUUACUGCACUUUCACAAAAAUUGGUUGCAAAAUGAAUAGACAAGUAAUGAUGUAUUAAUCCACUUAAAAUAAUAAUUCUACUCUGGUCAUAGAAUGUUUUUUAGUCAGUACAUUAAAAGUUUGGUAGUAAAACUACAAUAUCUAUAUCAACCAUUCAAAAUACAUGAAUCAUUAUUUUAUUAGUGCCAGAGAAUUGAAACUUUUAAAUAUUUUACAUUUAGAAGUCCUAUUAUAACUCUAUUAAGUUUAAACAAAAAAAUCACUCCUUGGUAAAAUAAAAAUAGAAAAUAGUAUUUAUUAGCAUCUGCAUUUAUUUAACACGUUUAUUUGAAAAACUUCAUCUAAAUUUGCCACUGAUGUCCUUGUUAGUCAUAGUUUGACAUAGCUUUAAAACUCGCAGUAUUGUUAAGUGCAAUUAUAAUUAUUGAUUUAUUAUUAUUGUUUUACUUCUGGAAGGAGAGUGUAAGAAAUCUGAUUCGGCCAUCAAUGUGUGUAAUUUUAACAAUAUCAAUUUUAUUUGGUAGUGAUAAGCUUCAUAACAAGAGCUAGCAGCUUUAUUAAAAAGUAAGAAUUGUGCUCAAAAAGAUUUUUGUUGGUGAUUAUAGUGUUUUGUUGAGUAUAAGCAGGGUGUACAUAUAACAGUGUGUGGAACGUAUCAUAUCAUAAGUGAGCGUGUAUUAUAUAAGUAUAUAUAUAUAAAUAUAUGUUGGCGAUACUGUGUGCUGCGUCUCACCUAACCUGCUAUGACUGAGAGGGCCUCAUGUCCCGACAAUAUACAGUCUUAGGCUCUGCUGUACUUUAGUAUGUAUAAAGGCAUUUAUAAGUAUUCAAUAAAAUAAUUAAAGACAUUUCUGAAAUACAA